AUGGUAAACAUCAAAACUACUCUGGACGAGUUAAAAAAUAUCAUCAACGACCUAAAAUCUCAUGCUGAGAAUGCUAGUGCUUGGAAUACUACUGACAAAUCUAAUUUAGAAAAACGGAUCAACCAUUUAUUAGACAAAAGUAAUCCAAGACACACCAAUUUAAGCCAAGAUUUAGACACCGAUUUAAAAGAUAUCGAACAAAUUGAUAAAUCAAUAGGAGCCGAAAAGAUAAAAACCGACCAAGAAAUCAAAAAACUCCAAGACGAAAAAACCCAACUCCAAACCGAUAUCACGGCCAAGGAUGCUCUUAUAAAACAAAAGAAUGAGGAAAUCGGUGAUAAACUAACCUCCGACUUCAUUACCAAAUUAGAAAACCUAACCAAAGACGGAAUAAAACUUGAUGACACUAAAAUUAACGAGAUUAAGACCAUUAUUGAGGAGAUUAAAAAUAAAGGCCUCACAGCCAAUUUAACCGAUACCAACACUAAAUUAGAGGAAAUGAAAGGGAAAAUAGAUAAGAUACAACCCGACAACAAAACUAUUUACUGA